AUAUCCACAUGUUCACAGUUCCUAAUUUGUAAGAGGAAGUUGGAGAGCAAGAAGGAGGCUCUACUUAUUCUGUCCAAGGAGCUGGAUACAUGCCAACAGGAGAGGGAUCAGUACAAGCUGAUGGCCAACCAGCUUCGCGAGCGGCACCAAGGACUAAAAAAGAAAUACAGGGAGCUCAUUGAUGGUGAUCCGUCUCUGCCUCCCGAAAAACGGAACCAAGUGAAUUUAGCUCAGCUACUGAGGGACUCAAGAGAAAAAAGCAACCGUCUCUCUGAGGAGAUGAAAGAGCUGAAGCAGCGAUUGGCCGAAGCUCAGGGAGACAACAAGCUCCUACGUAUGACUAUCACCAAACAAAGAUUAGGAGAUGACGAGGUAGGCGCUCGCCAUUUCCCAGCGCAUGAGCGUGAGGACCUGGUCAAGCAGUUGGAAAGAGCCAGAGAGCAGAAUGAAGUAUUGGAGCACAGCACAAAGUCCCUCACCGACGAGCUUCAGGAUGUACGAGCGGAGCGCGACGUGUUUCAGCAGAAGGCUCAUCGCCUCAACGUGGAGAUGAACCACAUCGUGGGGAAUGAUGACGUUCGGAUUUUGGAUAUUGAUGCACUCUGCAUGGAGAACAGGUAUUUGCAUGAUCGGCUGUGUCAACUUCAGGGAGAGGUCACCUUGCUUAAGACAAAUCUGGGCAAGUACAAGAGUGCACUGGAAUCCAGGAAGAAUGCCAGAGUUUGCGGGAAGCCAAACAGCAGGGCACUCACCGGUGUGCUCUCAGCCAAACAAGUGAAGGAGCUGUUGUCUGACGAGAGUGGGUGCACGCUGCCCGUCACCGCCCAGUCGAUCUCGGACCUCAAGUCUCUGGCCACCGCGCUCCUGGAAACCAUCCAUGAGAAGAACAUGUUGAUUCAGCACCAGCGACAAAUUAACAAGGUUCUUGGAACUCGUGUUGCAGAACUGGAGAAGAAGCUCAAAACAUUGGAGACAUCUGGAUUGUGGAGCCUGCCAGGCCUCACUUACCAUAUCUCUGUGGGAAUGUGUGCAAAGGGAAAAGAUGACUGCCACUCUCCUCCACCAGCCAGCCCAGGAGAGUCGCAGCAGUGUUCAUCAAGACAUCCAGUACAAGAGAGUUCUGAAAGCCCAGCAGAACUUGCCAAAUCGUCCCAGUCGUCUUUCCCGUCACUCGAGGAGGAUCCAUCUAGUCCUCAGUCAAGAACCUUGCCAAAGAGUGAUCAUCUCUGUGAAGGUGACCAAUCUAAGGAUGUCGACAAUGCAGGUGAUGUCUUUCCCUCCUCGAUAGAUGUGAACACACCCCUUCUGUCAAACACCUCCGAGCGACCAUCUGUGACAUCGGGCCACACAAGAAUAGAAACUAAAGAUGAAGAGGGAGUGGAGAACGUCGAAACGGAAUGUAUCGUAAUCGAGGAACGUGUUCAUAUUCCAUCCCAUGCCGUCGCAACAGUUCCCUUUGAAAACGAGCAGGAAAUUCGGCAAGAUCAGGGUUUUUUCAUCGGGACGGACGAUAUGGCAUGUUCUGUUUGAUACUCUCAAGUUGCAAAGACAGUUGUGCUUCCACACUAGCACUGUACAUUCCAGAAUACUUUCCAAAGGCUGCUAUUUAGUGAACCUUUAUUUUUGUUUUAGGAAGCACAUAAUAAUAUCCAAUGAUUGUGCUUAAAAAGCAAAGAGUCACGUAGAUUGUUGCUCUUGUCUUUGAUCAUUUGAGUCGGACAAAGCUAUUUCUCCAUGAUAACUGAAAGCAACAGACGACAAAGCAAGCUAAUAGAGGAUUUUCAUAAAAACACAGAAUUUAAUUGUUGAAGUGAAUUGUUUUGAAUAUAUCUGUGGGAUCCAGCACCAAAAUGUGGCAAAUAACAAUGGACAUAUGAAGAAACAUUUUGAAUACAUGAACUCCUUGUAAAAGUUAAUUAAAAAAAAAAAAUAGUACUCAGAAAACGCUCCGCCAAGCGAACAAUUACAUAACAUCUGAACAAGGCAAAUAAGAUCACAACUUAGAGUUUGCCAUAAAAUCAAUCUGGAUCACAUGAAAUGAAAAUCUGAUUUUUUUUUUCAUUUUUCUCAUUGUGAAAGAUGGAUUUGGGGAAAUUUAUUUUCAAUGAAUUUAACAAAUUAAUCAGUAAUAAUUGGAAAAGUAUCCUUGGCGGACACAAAUCACGAUUAAAGCGACUAAAAUAGUUGCAGCAGCUGUGUAUUUUAUUCACAAUAUUGUCAUUUGACGCCACUUGGAGGGAAUGUCUGCACUUUGUAUUGUAGAUUUUGUCAGUUACAAGCAUUCAUUGGUGAACACUAAACAAAAUGUGAGUAUACUUUUAAAGAAUAUGUCUGUGUUAGGUAGACCCGGCUGGCACUGUGGAUGAGUGGUUAGCACAUUUGCCUCAGAGUUCUGAGACAGGGGGUCCAAAUCUUUUUGGAUGGAGAGGCCACUACUCUGUAUUUCAAUUUCAAGCACUGGUCCUUGUUUGUGGUGAAAGAACUGAAAUGUAAAAUGUAUUGUAAAUUGUGUCUGUGUUUCUUCAAAAUAAACCACUUUUCACAUGUUUUCUCA